AUGGAUGCCUAUCUCGCACAGGCGGCCCCGAACGGGCAGCCUGUCAUGUCGCUUUCCGACAUUUUGCAGCAGUCACGUAAGCUGACGAACCAGAUUGGACGCGACUCAGAUCUUCCUCCUAUCCAGCUUGGUAUUGAUCAAAUUGAGAGCCAGAGCCGCAAGCUGGCGAGCAAGAGUGUGCGCAAUGGUAAUUCAUCUGCCGAAGCACGCGCGCAUUAUCUUCUUGCGAGCGGCGGAAUUGAUGCUGCACAGCUUGCAAACAGCAUUCAGCAUACCAAUAUUGCAAACACAUUUGAGCCGCUACAGCCAGUGUACGACACAGACAUCGAGGGCUACGUUCGCCAUGAGCACGAGCAGAUCAUUUUGAGCAUGAUUGAAGAGAGCCGCCAGCAGACACUGGAUGAUUUCCAGCAGGGUCUGGGCAAAAAUUUGGCGCACGACUGGCAAGUGCAAAAGAAGCGCAUUUCGGAAGAGUUGGGCCAACACCGCGUCGAGCAAGGCAGUGUGAGUUUUGCGCAGUCUGUAUCCUCCAAGGAUGCGCUCCGCGAAAGCGUUGCAUCUAAUGAUAGCCCCGCAUACACCUCCCUCUUGCACAGCCGCAUGAUCCGCUACGAUACCGUGGUCGUACGUUUAAAUCGUGCGCGCGUAGAAAACGAGCCGAUCCCGCUUAUCCAUGCGUUUAUGGAGACCGCCGAGUCAUUUACUCAGGAACCUACUCGCAAGCGCGGCAUACUGGAUACGUGGACGAUUCUCAAGUACAUGGUCCACGAGUCCGGUACGGAUAUGGGCACGGGCCUACCCAAACCUGUAAAGGAGCGCGAGUACGCGGCCAGUUACUUGGACCUAGAUGCAUUUCACUCGGAAUCUGGCUCUGCGAUGCGCCAGAAGUGGGUUCAGAGUGCGUGUGCGUACCUUGAGGCGCAGUUUGCCGAGCACAUGGAGCAAGUCAUCGCCGCCAAUCCACUCAAGGCACAGCGCGGCGGCGUGCCUACUGUCCGUGCGACCGUUUCCGCCUUUCUCCGUGUUUUGCUCAAGACCCCUCAAGGUGCGUGGGGCGGCGGUGUGGACCGCGAAAUGGAUCUGGGCACAGAAACGCCGCUCUGGGCGCAACUCUUUUAUCUCUUGCGGAUCGGCAAAAAAUCUGAGGCAUUCAUGUGUGCGCAAGAGAAUGAGGCCACGCUUUCGCAUGUGGACCCAUCAUUUCUCACCUUUUUCAAGGCGUGGCUCGAUGCGCCAAAUCGUCAGCUGGCGCGGACUAUGCGCGAUCCAUGCAUGGCCGAAUAUGUCUCUCGAUUCAGGAGUGUACCGUUGGAAGCACAGGACCCAUACCACUAUGCACUUUAUCGUCUCAUGGGCCGCUUUGAUGUCGCAAAGAAAUUUCCUGCCGCACUCGUUUCCAGCACGGAAAAUUGGCUCUGGCUGCAGCUUUCGAUGGUGACAGAAAGUGCGUCCAAGGUCGAGGCGCAAGAUUCCACCCUGCGACCCUGUUCGCUGCAAGACCUUGCAAACAAGUUGGAAAAGUAUGGUGAGGCGUACUUUGACCCCAAAGGCAACCGGCCGCUGCACUACUUCCAGCUCCUCUUGCUUGUCGGUCAAUUUGAGAGAGCCGUUGGAUUUUUGCACACGCGUCUCGCUUUCCAAGUAGACGUUGUGCAAUUUGCCAUUGCCCUGACCUACUAUGGUCUUUUGCGCGUACCUUCCUUGGCCAACACGUCGCAGUUUGACCUUGUGACCAUCGCGGAGACGAACCACGGAUUGGUCACUUACCUGGACUUUAGCAAGUUAAUCCAGCGAUAUACGCGCGCUUUUUCACAAUCCAGCGCGCGCGACGCGCUCGAAUAUAUCAGUUUAUUGUGCUUGAAUGCGGAUGCGCCGCCGCCGAUCGGCGAAGCGCAAGUCGCGCGAUGCCACGAGCUUGUGCGUAGCCUUUUGCUGGAAGCUACCUCUACCGGCUUUGUCGAGUUAUUGGGCGAUGUACGCACCGACGGCGCUAAAGUGCCCGGUUUGAUCGAACAGAGCCACGCUCUGCUGCAUUUGCGCGACAAGCGCGACUUUUUGAACAAGAUUGUCCAAUUCGCAGCAACGCAGUGCGAGCGCGAGCAGCGCUUCGCCGACGCAAUUCUAUUGUACAACCACGUCGGUGAAUACGACACUGUUCUCUCAGUGCUUAACCGUCAACUUGGCGCGACAUUGAUGGAGCCCGCGAAUGUGCACGAGUGGCAGACGAACGUGGACGCAGGCUCACCCGCGAGCCUUUCUGCGGUCUCCAACAUUGUCACGCUUGCACGGAGUAUCCUCACGAGCUACGAGCAGCAAUUUGGCUACCAGAGCGCCAAGAGCGAAGUGUGCCACACCUUGCUGGGCCUGAAGAAGGCUGUGUCUCUUUACCACGAUAAUCAACUGCAGCCUGCGCUGCAAGCAUUCGAAGCGCAGCGCGUGCUUCCUCUGGAUCCAGAAGCACGCAAGGAUGUCGUUUCCAUCACACGCAAAGCAGAAGACUUUAAAAACUACGACGAAAACCUCACGAAAAACUUUUCCGAGAUUGUCUUGAUGGCCAUGACCAUUCUUUACAAACUUCACCAGGAGCUCAAGAAUUCGCUUACACGUACUGGCUCGGGGACACUCUACGAAUACCGCAGCCAAGCGCGUGCAUUGAUGAUGUGGGCAGGCAUGCUUCGUUUCCGCAUGAGCAACGAAACGUACAGCCAGCUGACAAGGCUCGAUGUCUAUGUCCAUUAA